AUGGUCAACUCCUGUUGUGGCUCCGUCUGCUCUGAGCAGGGCUGCGGCCAAGACUUCUGCCAGGAGGAGUCCUGCUGCCGCCCCAGCUGCUGCCGCCCCACCUGCUGCAUCUCCAGCUGCUGCAGGCCUCAGUGCUGCCAGCCCACCUGCUGCAGACCCACCUGCUGCAUCUCCAGCUGCUGCCGCCCCACCUGCUGUGUGUCCAGCUGCUGCAGGCCCCAGUGCUGCCAGUCUGUGUGCUGCCAGCGCACCUGCUGCCGCCCCACCUGCUGCAGACCCUCCUGCUGCCGGCCUUCCUGCUGCAUUUCCAGCUGCUGCCGCCCCAGCUGCUGCCAGCCCCAGUGCUGCAGGCCCCAGUGCUGCCAGUCCCUGUGCUGCCAGCCCACCUGCUGCCGCCCCACCUGCUGCCGUCCCAGCUGCUGCAUCUCCAGCUGUUGUCGUCCUUCUUGCAGCUCCAGCUGCUGCCAGCCCACCUGUGGUAGUUCCAGCUGCUGCCGCCCCAGCUGCUGCCCUGGCUGCUGCUACCGCCCAGUCUGUGGCCAAGUCUCCUGCCACACCAGUUGCUAUCGCCCAACCUGUGUCAUCUCCACCUGCCCCCGCCCCAUGUGCUGUGCCGUCCCUUGCUGCUGA